CCUCCCUCCUUACUACUACAAGCUAACUACAAGCUAAUUACAAGCUAGCUGAAGUCAAUGGUCUUGGGUGCUGCACACUAUAAAAACUGCAAAUAGAAGCAUGCAGUGGCACACCUACCUACUGAUGCUGGCUAUGCUGGCACUGAUAACAUUGGCAAGCAGUGAGAAUAUUAUCAAUAUUGAUCCCUAUGCAACGUCUGGCAACCAGUCCCUUGAGCACCAUCUCUGCUCCAAUUCUGACCAGCUGCAGUCCAACACUGUCUUGUUGCUGCCCUCAGGACAUUACUCCAUUGGAAGAGGCGGUCCUUGCAUCAUAUCGGAUAUCAACAACUUGACAAUUCGAGGGGCUGCUACAGCAGAGAACACAGUACAAGUAGCUUGCACUGACGAAUUCUUUGGGAGAAUUUUCGCUUUCGUCAAUGUCACAAACCUUCAAUUUGAGAAUUUUGAAAUAACGACUUGUGGUGCCUUCAUACCGGAAAGCUUGGGUGAGUUUGUCAAUGAAACAAAUGUUGUGCAAUUUGGUGAUAAGCAGAAGGCAGUGAUUUUGCUCAUACAUAUCAAGAAUGUCUACAUACACAAUGUUAUCAUGUCAAGAAAUUUCGGAUAUGGAAUUAUUGCCGUAAAUCUACAGGGCGAUACAAGCCUCGACAAAGUUAAGGUAAUCCUAACAAGCUACCGUGAUCAUCCGCUUUGCAUUGGCUUUGAAACCGAUCUUAGCUGUACAGGUAGUGGUGUGUUCUUUCUCUACACUGAUCCUUCCCCUAAUGCCACGUUCUCUCCCGUCAAUUCUUCAUUGACCAUCACCAACUGUUUUUUCUAUAGGAACAGCUAUCGUAUUCCAAUUGUGCAUUACUUGUCCGUUUACACCGUAGCCAGGAGUCCGUUUCGUACCGAAAGGAUUACUGCAAUUGGUGGAACUGGUGUUUCAGUUGUUUCUGGACAAAGAUCGUAUUUGUUGGACACUCAAGUGAGGGAUACAAUAUUCAGUGAGAACGAAGGUCAAACUAGUCCUUUGAUACUCUUCCCAUUUAACAAUAUACGUGAAACAUCUUAUCUUGUCCAAAAUUGUAUUUUCCGCAACAACUACGUUCGUGCUCCUGGUAGAGGUGGAGGAAUAGUUUUUCUUCUGUUGGUUUUUGUUGAUGCCCUCACCACCUUCCCCCAGUAUCCAGACAACCUGUACACUAUGCUCUCUGUUAAAGACACUGAAUUUUACGGGAAUGAAGCUCAUAUCGGAGGUGCUAUAUACUUGCACAUGUCUCCACAAAAUGUUACUGAGUUGCAAAUGUACAUUUAUAAUACUUCCUUUAAUAGAAACAUUGCUCAAACCGGCUCUGCAUUAUCUGCCAAUUCUAUUCCAACUUUGUUCAUUCCACGAUCUAGUGAAGUUUUACUCGAAGACAUUACUGUGACCAACAACACUUUCCCGACCAGUCUAAUGACCACAACCUCUACAAUUGAUAACAGUGCAGCUCUAAUCUUCAGCCUCAUCAACAACGUGACCCUCGCGGGAAGAAACGAUACUGGAGGUUCUGUAUUGUCUUAUAACUCACCCGGAGCUGUUCUCGUGUCGGGAGGAAAGAUCUAUUUUCGCGGCCAUUUAGAAUUCAGCGAUAAUCUUUCGUUCAGAGGUGGUGCAAUUGCUCUCUUUGACUACACAUUGCUGCAUAUAUUCGAAGGAUCCAGAAUCAAGUUUAUGCGAAACCAUGCUCUGACAAACGGUGGGGCCAUUUAUGCCAACUCUAUUGGAACUGGUGCACUGGAUGUAUGUGUAUUUCAAAUUGUUGGCUCUCACAGAAUUUCAACUCCCGAAGAAGUCGGGCUCCUUGAUUUAAACAUUAAGUUUGAAUCCAAUUAUGCUGACAUAGCUGGUAACUCCAUAUAUGCCAGCCCUCUGUAUGAGUGUGCCUUCUCGCCUGAAGCAUCAACUGUGAUGAACCAGUUCGACUACAACGAGCAAGAUCUCUACGAUGCAGUUUUUGAUUUCAUACGCACUGUGCCUAAUGGAAACGAGGAAGUGUCAUCUGUACCCAAUCGGCUUUCAUUUUGCAACCAAACAAUUGGUAUCGAUUACUUGAGUGAUUUAACCUCGAUGCUUAGAACAAUUCCUGGGAAACUGUUUUCUGUCAAAUUGAUUCCUUUGGAUUUGAAAGACACUCGUGUUCAGUCUGAAAUGUAUGCUCAACUAAGCAAUGCAAAUUUUGCACUUGGACCCACUCAAAACGUCCAAACACACAACGGAAGUAACUGCACUACUGUCAGCUUCAACAUCUACGGCCCAGAGAGCUCGACUGUACAGCUGUUUCUGUACACUCACCUCGGUGGUGCGGGCCUAACAGUGGACGUGGAUGUGGGAUACUGUCCCCCUGGGUUCGAAUUGGCCGUAGCAGACAAUCUCCUGCAGUGCAUCUGUAGUGAGUACGUGAUGAAUGUGAUCCAAACUACUUGCAAUGUCAACACCUACACUAUCAAUCGACCGGGAACUAGCUGGAUGGGGGUUGCAAAUAACAACCAAUCGAACGUCGAGUGGGUGACAACAUGCCCGAUUGGAUACUGUAACCCUGACAUUCUAGAUGUUGAUUUGGAGAUACCAGACCAGAUAUGUGACCCUGGCCGCACUGGUGUACUUUGUGGUCAAUGCCAAGAAGGAUUGAGUGUAGUGUUUGGAAUAUCUGCUUGUAGAGAAUGUACUAAUUACUGGCUCUUCACAAUUGUAGUAUAUGCAAUUGUAGGGAUACUACUUGUUUUUGCCCUGUUUAUUCUUAAUUUCACCGUGGCCAAGGGAACAAUCAAUGGCCUCAUCUUUUAUGUGAAUGUUGUCAGCAUUAAUGGAGGGAUUAUUUUCGAGAGUGAUGCAUCUUUUGUCAGAGUUUUUGUGUCCUUACUCAAUUUGGAGCUGGGAUUUCCUAUCUGUUUCUACGAUGGAAUGACUGAAGCAGCAAAAAUCGGCCUACAAUUCGUCUUCCCUGUCUACCUCCUCCUACUGUGUUUGGUACUUAUUCUACUGAGCAGGUGGUCGUCCAAGAUUCAGAAGAUAACUUCCUGCAAUAGCAUAGCAGUGCUAGCCACUCUCUUCUAUCUCUCGUAUGGCAAGCUACUCCGCACUGUCAUUGAUUGCUUCUCUUUUGCUACACUGGCCAGUGAACAUGGAUACAAGACAAUAUGGUUGUACGAUGGCAACUUGCAAUUUUUCAGUGGAUUGCACAUACUACUUUUCCUAGUAGCUUGUUUUGUUACUUUGGCUUUCCUCAUACCUUAUACUCUCCCUCUUGUAUUUAUCAAGCGUGUUAACGCGCACACUAUUCGACUCAAGCCCCUGUUUGAUGCUUACGCUGGACCCUUCAAGGACAACUAUCGCCAUUGGUUUGGAUUUCGUCUUGUGAUACUGGCUGCCGUGUGUAUUACCUAUGCUAUAACUGGAGCUGACUACCAACUUUUGGCCUUGACUAUCGAAUCACUUUUGAUCAUUUGGUUUGCAGUGUGGCAAGCAUAUACCCAGCCCUACAAGAAUCAUGCCGUUGGAUUACUAGACCUCUUCUUUUUGCUUAAUUUCCUCACCAUGUCAGUUUGGUUGCUCCAUCUCAUUGACGAUGUAACUCCAGGUGCAGUAACCAAGAGAAUCGGCGUGGUUACAUUAUUAGUUGCCGUGGCCUCUGCAGUUACACUGGGGAUGUUAAUCUAUCACAUUCUCGACCAAAUCUACCACGUUUCGCCGAAAGCACGAAAGAGAUUCGAUACGUUUUGGCAGAAAGCAACUUCUGUGGACUGUUACCAGCGGUUCAAGCAGAUAAAGAACAUGAUGUUGAAUAAUCGCAAAAUGACUAGUGAAGCUUAUAAUCCUAACAACGUUAUUGCCAACAGUGUCGAGUUAGAUACAAAAGAGAAGUCUGUGACAUACUCGGAAGUUGUAGUUGAGUGUAGGACACAAACAUUCUCUCAGCUUAGAGAGCCAGUUAUGAGUUUUUCUGAUUAGCAUUAAUACCCUUGUACGUGUGUAUAUUAAUUACCAAAAUAUGUUUUAAAGAUGCUAUGAAGAGUUCUCUUAAUUAAUUA